UCGCAUUCGCUAGGCACUAGCCGGGCAUUUAAAAGGCAGCAGCUCUGCUGUCUAGGAUCAGUGUUGAGUCGGUGGUGAAUUGAGAAGCAUCUACCUGAGACGUAUAGCCGUAUCAAAUCAGCCAACACAACACCAACAAUUAAGAAGCCAUGAAGGCCGCAUUCAUUCUUCCCGUUUUGGCUUUAACGGCCUUUGCUGCUCCGCAGUAUGGCCCUGCUCCCCAAGCUGUUGAAAUCCCUCAAGACGUAUCGUUUUCACAAUGGGCAUCAUUGAGUCCAGUUGAAUUUACCAAUACCCACUUUGACUCUUCUCACCAACAUGUUGAAGCAACACCUCAGAUCUCGUCUGGCCAAUGGGCAACAUCGAGCGGAGCUGCGCAAACUGCAGAACGGCCUCAAAUCGAAGAAAUUCAGCGCCAAUGGGAAAAAUUCAUCGAAUAUCUGCCAUGGCUUAAGGGACCUGCUGGUCCACCAGGCCCACCAGGACCAUCCGGUGCCGAAGGAGGUGCUUUCAAUGGUGGCUUUAGCCAAUCUCAACAAGGAACAGUAGUUGGACCCCCUGGCCCACCCGGAGCACCAGGACCUGCUGGACCUAAGGGAGAAACUGGAAAUGCUGGAAAUCCCGGAACUCCUGGUAACCCCGGACCACAAGGCCCACCUGGCCUUAAUGGCGCUCCUGGUGGACCUGGACCAGCUGGCGAACGUGGAUCCAACGGAGCUCCUGGUGCCCCUGGAGGCCCUGGAUUCCCCGGAGCUAAGGGAGAAGCUGGAUUUAAUGGAGCACCUGGCCUUAAUGGAGGUCCAGGAGCCCCUGGCAGAGACGGAUUCAACGGAUCACCUGGAUUCCCAGGAGCUAAAGGUCAACCUGGUGCACCUGGCAUAACUUUGCCCUCAAACCAACCCGGACCUGCUGGAGCUCCUGGUGCCCCUGGUAAAGAUGGAGCUCCUGGUUUCCCCGGUGGUCCAGGACCCGUUGGCCCUGUCGGACCUGUCGGCCCAGUCGGACCUGUUGGCCGACCUGGUAACAACGGAUUCCCCGGAGGCCCCGGUGCUAAAGGCGAAGCUGGAACACCUGGUUUCCCCGGCGGCCCUGGUAGAGAUGGACGCCCUGGUGCCCCAAGCACUCAACCCGGCCCAGUCGGACCUCAAGGACCAGUUGGAACCCCAGGCUUCAACGGCGCACCUGGCAAAGACGGCUUCCCUGGCGGACCAGGAGCUCCAGGCAAAGACGGACUUCCAGGCGGCCCUGGUUUCCCAGGUGGUCCCGGACAACCAGGUAAACCUGGCAAGGAUGGUUUCAAUGGAGCUCCAGGAGCACCUGGCUUCCCUGGUGGCCCAGGACCUGUAGGACCUCAAGGUAAACCCGGUGCUCCUGGCUUCCCUGGCGGCCCUGGUGGCCCAGGACCAGCUGGACCUCAAGGAGGACCCGGACCACAAGGUAAACCAGGUUCAUCAGGCUUCCCCGGCGGACCUGGCCCUGCUGGACCUCAGGGAGGACCCGGACCCCAAGGAGGACCUGGACCUCAGGGACCAUCUGGUACACCCGGUGGUCCAGGACCUGCUGGCCCAGCUGGCCCUGCCGGAGCAGCUGGUGCCGUGACCACAAUUCAAGCCCCAGCCUAUGAGGCUCCUGCUCAGCAGCCAGCUUUCCAAGCCCCAGUUGAGCAACCCGCUUAUCAAGCACCAGCCCAACAGCAGUCUUGGUCCACUCCGAUCCAAUCGUCGUGGUCGGAUUCAGUACAAUCCACCUUCCAGCCGUUGCAAUCUGCCUACGGCCGAUAAAGAAGUAAAGAGCGAACGCCAUCCUAUGAGCGUUUCAAAACGAAGAUCAUUUUACACCGAACCCUAUGACUAAAUUUACGUUCCUCAUCGUCAUAGGAUUACAAUCACAUUUUGCGAUAUUAUCAAGCUGAUUGAUGUUAACACAAAGAUUUAUAUUGCUUUAAAUACACAGUAUAUGUACAGCG